AUGAAAGGUGGUAGGUUGGUGGAGUUGACUUACAGAGAUAAUUGCAAAUUCUUCUCUGCGAAGUCUUUGGGCGUCUUUGUUGGGAGAAGUUCUUUCCUGACUCCACUUCCUCGAUUUUUUGACAACGGAACUGCUCCUGGUGGUUCUACUCAGAAUGGCAGAUCUGUCAGCGUGCAUCCUUUGCCAUCAGAGGAUGUCAACCAGCCAGAGGAGAAAAUUAUUGCCAAAGUAGGAGCUGGCUCGUCAAAUGUUUCUCCUUCUAGCUCGUCAAAAGAGCAGCACUCUCAUCCAUAUCCAGAGCAACCAGUUAAACGCAGAAAGAGACACAGGAGGAAACAUGUUCAAAACCAAGAACCAUGCCUGAUGAGAGGUGUCUAUUUCAAAAAUAUGAAAUGGCAGGCAGCAAUUAAAGUUGACAAGAAGCAGAUCCACUUAGGGACUGUUGGCUCUCAAGAAGAGGCUGCUCGUUUGUAUGACAGGGCUGCAUUCAUGUGCGGGAGGGAGCCCAACUUUGAGCUCUCAGAGGAGGAGAAGCAAGAACUUAGGAAAUUCAAGUGGGAUGAAUUUUUGGCGAUUACUCGCCGUGCAAUUAACAAUAAAAAACACAAGAGGAGGAUUGGUGUAGGCUUGCAGAAGAGAUCGGAGGCCACAUUGCAGGAUGGUGAGUGGGAUGGCAAGGAAGGAUUAGAUGGCUUUUCUGCUUCAGAAGAUGCGGAGCCAGACUCAUCAGCCUCUUGA